UGUAUACUUUCCAAUAUCAUUCCAAGAAACUUCUUUAUUGUCUCUCUUUUUCUAAUUUUAUUUUCCAUGUUAAUUCAUUAACCAAUAUUUAUGCACAACCUCAAGAUCAUCAUUAACCCUACUCUUUAAGUCGACAUAUAUCAUUCCUGUUGGUUAAACCUCAGAACCCAACAUACAACCUCUCUCUCUCUCUCUCUCUCUCUCUCUCUCUCUCUCAGUCUCUGAUCUGUCUGUCUGUCUGCUUUGGGAAUUAGCUAGGGCAAUGUCGGCGAAACGAUUGUUUACCGAAUCCCAAUACAAGGAAGAUGAGCCAGCAGAGAAACAACUGAAACCUAGUCUGCUUUCUGUUGCUUCUGAUAUUGGAAAAGUGAUCGGCUUGAAUUCCAUGAACAAAAUUUUAUCAGACUUGGAACCUCGUCUUAGGAGAUUGGUGAAUGAAGAGUUGGAAAAUGCUCUAAGUAAUUCCCACUUUUUCACCCGGUUCCAUUCAUUGGAAACCCAAGCAGAAGUGGAGACAUCAAGCUGCUUGCAACUCAUGUUUAAUAAGAAGGUCUUACCUCCUACUUUAUUCACAGCAAGCAAGAUUGCAGACAAGGACAACAAUCCUCUUCAAGUUGUUCUUGUAGAGAGUAGCACUACUAGUGCUGGUACUGAUCAUGAUCUGUCUUUAUACCCAACCAAAAUAGAAAUUGUUGUUCUAAAUGGUGGAUUCCCUCUUGGGGGUGGUGAAACUUGGAGUAGUGAGGAGUUUAAUAAGAACAUUAUGAAGGAGAGAGACGGCAAACGGCCUUUGCUUGCCGGAGAGUUGUGUGUUACCAUGAAGGAGCGGCUUGCCCAUGUCGGAGAUAUAGAAUUUACUGACAAUUCAAGCUGGAUCCGGUGCCGGAAAUUUAGGCUUGGUGCAAGGGUUGUUCCAGGAAGUUACAAAGGAACUGUGAGGAUCCUUGAAGCCAUUACUGAACCUUUUGUUGUCAAAGAUCAUCGUGGAGAAUCGUACAAGAAGAAUCAUCCACCAAUGUUGGAGGACGAAGUUUGGCGUCUAGAGAAGAUUGGAAGACAUGGCAAGUUCCAUGAGAAGCUGAGCUCUCAAGGCAUUAACACAGUUCAAGAUUUCUUGAAGUUGUCUGUUGUCGACACUCCAAGGCUUAGAGAGAUUUUAGGUACUGGAAUGUCUGAGAAAAUGUGGGAAGUAACCAUAAAGCACGCUAGGACUUGUGUUUUGGGAAACAAACAGUACAGUUUCCAGGGAAAUAAUAAUUGUGUCUUUAUCCUCAAUCCAAUAUGCGAAGUUGUUGGAGCUCUCAUUGAUGUUGAUGGGCAACUAGUCACUGUAGCGCCUAGUGAUCUUUCUGUUCUAACGAACUAUAAUAUUGAGAGUUUGGUGAGGGCAGCAUAUGAAAAUUGGAAUUCCUUGCAAGAGGUUCCAGGGAAUUAUAUAUUUCAAUGAUACUUGCCAUAAGGCGAAAUGAUGGAGGAAGCUGAUGAUCUCAAGAUCGAUCAACGUACAGUACUCUUUGGUGAAUUGAUUUCGGCAGGAUGGAUACAUAUAUAUAUAUAUAUAUAUAUAGAAUAUAUU